AUGUCCCACCGCCCCCUCCCCUCCCACCUCCGCGCCCAUCCUUCCUCCGCAAACCACCUCCAGAGCGCCUCCUCCUCCACCGGCGCAUCCCCCCUCCUCAUAGCGCGCAUCAACGAGAAGAGAGCCGAGCUCGCAAGCCUGAAAGAGCUACGUGACCUGAGUGCCGGGCUCGCGGAUCAGAUGCAGACGCUGGAGUCGAAGCUCGCAACGCUGGCGGACGGGACGGAGGCUGUUGCAGUCGUAUUGGCGAAUUGGGGGGCUGUGCUUAGGGCUAUUGGGAUGGCGAGUGCGAAAAUACCGAAGCCGAAAGAUGCAGAUGCGGAGGGAGACGCGGAUGAGGGGAGGAAAGAUGGGACCGUUCCGCUGCCGCAGACGCUGGUGCGGAUUCCGACGCAGCAGGCGGCGCUGCUGCCGCAGGCGAGUAGUGGAAGUGCGGCCGAUUGA